AUGGUCAGUUUUAUUAACCUAAACCAGGAAAAAAAAUUUACAUUCCAUUCAUUUGAAGAUGAUCUAGGAAAUAAAAAUGUCUUGGAUCCUACUACAACAACAAGCCGAUUAUUUCGUACUCAUCAUGAUCAUGAUCAUCAUUCACAUCCACAAUCAUCAACUACACCGACUAAUCCUUAUCCAAUAUUUGUACAUACAUUUAAAACCGGUAGAAAAUCAUCAUGGCCUGAUUCAAUAAUGGCAAGUUUACCAUCGGUUUUUCUUACUUUACUCACUACACCAAUGUUAAUGACUCUAUUAUUGAACAUUUUGAAACACGUAUUUGUCAUUCAAAGUGUUCUCACACAGAAUAUGAUGGGCCAAUCAAACAUGAAUGCAAGGGAAAAAAUUGGUCAACUAAACGAACAUUUGAAUCGGGCAAUGAAAAAAUUUGAUUCCAAUUGAUUAGAAAUGUAAAUGUUUUUUUUUUUAAUUUUAAAAAAAUGACAAA